AUGAGCGAGGACGACAAAGAUGCUGCUGAGGAAGAGUUGGAAAGGGCUGUGUUUGGCGAUAGCAUGGGAUUCAGAGCUGGACUAGCUGGAUUCGAGACUGGACUGGACGACGAGGAUUCAGCUGAGGAAGGCGCCGCUGCUUCUGGAGACGACCAAACAUAUGGAGGUCUUGCAGAUGCGGACUUGUUCUUCACUGAUGUCGGCGCAUCAACCGACCUACAGCCUGUGCCAGCUGUUGAAGAGGAGGGAGAAGAGGAAGACGGUGCAGCGUGGCAAGACAGCGACGACGAGAGAAUGGUUGUGUCGCUGGCUUCGGUACCGAGACUGCGCAAAUUGAAGAGGACGGAAGCUGAGGAUGUCAUUUCUGGCAAGGAAUACGUUCGUCGUUUGCGCAAACACUACGAGAUGCUCAACCCCGUACCAGACUGGGCCGUCGAAGCCGCUCAAAAAGGACCUAGAAAGAAGCGUAGACUCAGUUACGACGACCUCGAUGCUGAGUCGGACGAAGAUAUGGACAUGGACGAUGAAGAGGGAGACGACGACGUCACGGCCGAACCGCUCAGCAAACUGCUACAAGGAGGAGGCCUCGUAAGACGAACAGAGAACAAGAAGCGCAAGUUGCGACCCGAAGUCAUCGAUAUCCAACGCACAAAGGACAUUGGCACCACCCAACCCUCAGCCAUCACCUCCCUGCAGUACCACCCCGAACUUCCUCUGCUUCUCUCCUCUGGGCCCUCAUCCACUCUCUACCUCCACCACAUUGUCGCUUCCCCUCCAGCUCCUGAAGCCAAUCCCCUCCUCACUUCUCUGCAUAUCCGCAAGACCCCUCUUACAACAACUGCAUUCCACCCGAACGAUCCUCGCAUCUUCCUCUCCGCCCGUCGUCGCUAUUUCCACGUCUGGAACCUCGAAACUGGUAAAGUGGAGAAGAUCGCCCGUGUCUACGGUCACCAACACGAGCAGCGCAGUAUGGAGCGUUUCAAACUCUCUCCCGAUGGUCGCAGUAUGGCUCUCAUCGGUAGUGCCCGUAAAGGUGGCGGUGUCAUCAACAUUCUGGACGCAUACACAUUGCAAUGGGCCAGUCAAGUACGCGUAGAAAGCAACAACGGCAUUGCAGACUUUGCUUGGUGGCGCGAUAGCCGCGGUAUGAGCAUCGCAGGCAAGAACGGCGAAGUCACAGAGUGGAACAUCGACGAGCAGCGCGCAGUAGCCCGCUGGACAGAUGAAGGCGCCGUGGGCACUACCACCAUCACUCUCGGCGGCGACAAUGGAAACGCCGGCUCACCUAUUGGCAAAGACCGUUGGGUUGCAGUCGGCAGCUCAAGCGGUGUCGUGAACAUCUACGAUCGCCGUGCCUGGCUAGUCGCUUCUUCCUCUUCCACAGACCCUCUCGCUUCUCCCAUUCCUUCUGCUCCUAAACCAACCCGCGCCCUCGAUAACCUCACUACCCCAAUCUCGCACCUUACAUUCUCUCCUGACGGACAAAUGCUCGUCAUGGCUUCGAGAUGGAAGAAAGAUGCGUUGAGAAUUGUUCAUCUGCCUACUUGCACGGUCUUCAAGAAUUGGCCUACUAGCAAUACACCUUUGGGCAGGAUUACGGGUGUUGCGUUUGCGCCUGGCAGUGAUGGGUUGGCUGUUGCUAACGAGCAGGGGAAGAUCAGGUGUUGGGAGGUUAGAGCUUAG